AUGACUUCUUCAGUAGAGGACAUAGCUACAAAGUCAGAGCAUGAGGAGAGUCUCUCGGAGCGCGAGGGACAGGUGGAUGCACCAGACCAGCUCGAGGUGAAACGGAUCAAAAAGAAGAUAGAUCUAAGAAUCUGCGUUGUGCUGGGAGUGAUGUAUACCGCUUCAUUAGUCGACCGUGUCAAUUUACCUCCGCCAAUGACUGCAAUUGCCCGAAAACUUCGUCCUCGCCGUUUCUUAUGCGGAAUUGUGAUUUCUUGGGGUUUGGUAAUUGUUGGACAUGGCCUUGUUCAAAGCUGGCGCUCCAUGCUUGCCUUGCGAUGCUUAUUGGGAAUUUUUGAAGCAGGGUUCUUUUCUGGUUGCGUGCACCUAUUGAGCUCUUGGUAUAUCAGAGGUAAUCUUGCACUGUGGAACAAAACUGAGGUAGCAAAACGAAAUGCUGCGUUCUAUCUUCUAGGGUCUUUUAUUGCUGGCUUCGGCGGUAUCUUGGCAUAUGGUCUGUCAAGAAUGAAUGGCGUGGGGGGUCAUGCAGGCUGGCGAUGGAUCUUCCUUUUGGAGGGUACUAUCACCAUUGCCUUCGGUCUCGCAGCCUACUUCCUCAUCGUCGACUUCCCAGAGGAUGCCCACAAAUCCUGGAAGUUCCUCAAAGAAGACGAAAUCCAGACUGUUAUUGAUCGAAUCAACAGAGACCGACAGGAUGUAACAACAUCUCCUUUCAAACUGGGCUCAUAUUUGAAGAAUGCCUUGGACUGGAAGAUAUGGUUCUUUGCUGCCAACUUUGGUCUCUCGUCGGUGGUCACAUACGCUGCCGCUUACUUCCUUCCUAUCGUUCUACGUGAGGGGCUCGGGUUUUCUGAGGCCGCAGCUGAAUGUUUAAGUACUCCGUGUUAUGUUGUCGGAUCAAUUCUUGGAUUUGGCGAAAGCCUCCUUUCCGACAGAAUCGGACUUCGAACACCGUUCCUUCUCUUUAACUGCGUCAUCGAAGUAAUCGGGGUCGUUGUCUUGGGGUUCGCAAAACCAAGCGGUGUGAGAUACUUCGGAGCUUUUCUCAUUAUCGCAGGAUCCAACUCAAAUAUUCCCUUGUGUUUGACUUACCAAGCCAACAACAUCCGAGGCGUGUGGAGACGCGCCUUCUGUUCAGCAACCAUCGUUGGCGCUGGAGGUAUCGGCGGUAUCAUUGGUUCCUUGACCUUUCGGGACCAGGAUUCGCCAACAUACAGACCGGGCCUAUACACAUGUAUCACAGCUGGGUGCCUGACCUUUCUUUCAGUCUGCACCACGACGACGUAUUUCUUUGUCCAGAAUAAGAAGCAGAAAGAAGGAAAAAUUGUGAUUGAGGGCUUGGAGGGCUUCAGGUACACAUACUGA